UGCUUUUUUAUCGUUUUGAUUUUGUUAUUUUUUUGUAUAACCGCUCUUUUUAACGAAACAAUCCGUGAGAUCCCUCCUCUCCUUCACACUACGGUGAAACGAGUAAUAAAUAAUAACGCAAAUGACUGUAGACCUUGUUUUUGCCUGUUUUUUACAAGUUAUCGAGGAAAAAUGAAAAGGUAUAUCCUGGUGUAAAACACAGCUCUAGGGAGCGGGUAGAUCGGUAACCGAAGAGGAUUUAUUUUUUCCCGGAACUUAUUUUGAUCACUUUCUCGCGUACAGAGGCACUUUUACAGUUGUUUAACAGCUAUUUUGCAGUGUUCUUCUCCGUUUUCGCUCAAUGAAGUGUCUAGGUAAACUUUGACGCGUACGUGUUUGCAUUAACGUUGGUAAACCUUAUUUUGAAACGAGAGGAAAACGCGAAUAGUUUAAAUGAAAACAAAGAAAUUGCUAUAUGAAUGGAGUUGUUAACGUUUUGUUAGUUAAGCUAGCAUAUUUACACUAUUGACUUUCAAUUUCUUUUCAUAUCGACUUUCACGAGAACAUGUCUAACUCCAUUGAAUUGGAACUGGACACGGCCCCAGAGGUUUAUGAGUACGAUGAGCCAGUUCAAUUGAAUGAAAAGCACAAUACCUGCGCGUAUGAAAUAUCCGACUGUGAGAUGAUGAACUGUAAAAAUGCUGCACAAGAUUCAAGGAAGCUAUUUUACGGAGACGAGUCCUCAGAAGCGAUACAGGCCCAGACUCUUAGGGAAUCAACUUUCAAUAGAACCGCCGAAUGCUGUUUAGAUGAACAGAAAGAAACUUUCUCUCAACGACUUGCGAACUUAAAGCAACAAGUUGACGAACUGUUACAAGAAGCAAUGACAAAAGAUGAUCAAAUUGGAGAACGGGAUUGUCACCAACUUAAUAAAAAACUUGACGCAUUUCAAAUUCAAGAACGUUUGAACAUCUCGGAACUUGAGCAGAAGCUUGCAUUUGAGCCAAACAAGUUUGGGGAUAUGAAUAAAUGUGAAGAUGAACUUCGUCAGCAACUACAAAAAACACAAACUGAAAACGCUUCACUUCGUUCACAUAUCUUAGAACUAGAGAAGAAUCUGUCCAUUCUUGAGGAAAAGGUUGGCGUACUGGAUGAACCUAUAAACCUGACAUUAAAUCGUCUGUGUUCACGAGUUGAGCUAUUAGACUCCAUUGAUGAAAUACAAGUAAAAAAAAGAAUUGAGCUUCUUCAACAGCUUCGUGACCAGUACGAGGAAUACAUGAAGGAAAAGCUGAAUGUUGAAUCUUUAGAUACUGAGUUUUGUACGGAUCGAGAAUUUACUCACAUGCUACAGAAACUUUACGAAAAGAUACCCGUCAUCAACCAAUGGGUAAAAGUACUGCCACUCUUGUAUAAGCGAUUGAAGGACACUCAUCGUCUACAUAUUAAUGCUGCAGACACCAUUACACAGUUAUCGAAAUUUGACCAACAAACGGAUCAACUUUUAACAGAAACUAAGGCUUGGGAGAAAACGAUACGUGAUUGUACGGCUCGUUUAGAGGUAUUGAACACAACAGAAGAUACAGAAAACAGUAUUGCGAUUAGUAAGCGUUUGGAAGAGCUUGAAAGUGCUAUUCUACAAACUUAUUAAGCACCAACGUUAACGAAAUGGAACAUCAAAUUCGAGCUGGGAAAGUUUUGAAUGCUGUACACUCAAAGACUGCCGUCUGUAAUCUAUGUUAAAAUUCUGUAAUUAGUACAACAUUAAAAAAACAAAAACUGAAACAAUUCCCAUGAGCACUGUACAUCGCAUGUAACAUUCUCUUUCCAAUAACAUUAAAAUUCCCAGAACUCUCCAUAACUACGGCGAAUUGAGACUCGUAAAUCAUUUUCUUUUCUA